CCCCUCUUUGAAAGGGAGGUGACUGCAGCUAUUCCUACGUUUGACUUCCAUUGCAUCCAGUUCCACAUCUGCUCAAUACUCGUGCGACAGUCAGUCAGUCAGUCAAUUAGCCGCCCUGUUUGCACCAUGGCAGACACUCGUCAGCCUGACCCGGCGAUUCCUCCCUCUGUCCCUACGGAGAAAUCACACCGAGGUUUCUUCUCCCGCUCAGAUCACCAACACGUUGGAAUGGGUCAAACCCAGUCCAACGAUACCACAACGACAACCACGGGUCAUCAAAACAUCCAUCCCAUGGGAAAAGGUCACCCACCCCAAAACCAGCAACAGCAGCAGCAGCAGCAGCAGCAGCAGCAGCCGCAGCGAGGGUUCAUGACUGGUUUUGUGUUCUCUCAUUGGAUCCGACUCAAUCUCGUUGAUCUCCUCUGUAUGGCUGCAAUGGGCGCGAUAGGAUUAGGCGUCUACGAAGCAAAACCUGCCCCUCAUAGGAGUUUCCCAGUGCAGUUUACGGAUGGGACUAUCGUCUAUCCUGAGUUCGCCUACCCGCUUCGCAAAAACAUCAUCCCCAUUUGGCUUGCUGCCCUCCUCGCUUUCAUUUGCCCCUUCAUCUUCUUCGUCCUCUUCCAAUUACGGAUCAGGUCAUUCGCUAUGCUUCUCGACACGACCAUGGGCCUCCUAGAGUCACUGAUCACUGCAGCAGUGUUUCAAGUAUUUCACAAGUGGCUCAUUGGCGGUCUCCGACCUCAUUUUUUGGACGUGUGUAAGCCUGAUGUCAGUGCAAUUGCACCUACGGGCAACGGAUUUCUCGAUAUAAUGUACACUAGAGAUAUCUGUACAGGCGACCAGAAUGAGAUCGAUGACUCGCUCGAAAGCUGGGUGUCAGGACACAGUACCGCUGCGGCUGCAGGAUUCGUCUAUCUCUUUCUCUACUUCAACGCUCAACUCAAGACUAUGAGCAAUCAUCGACCUGCCUAUUGGAAAAUGAUCGUGACCGUGGCUCCACUUCUCGGGGCCACUCUUAUCGCUGCCUCCCUCACCGUCGACGAAUUCCACGACUGGUACGAUCGCGUCGGGGGAUUCUGCAUCGGGGCACUCUGCGCCUUUAUCGCCUAUCGCAAGACCGUUGCAGCCGUCUGGGACUACAGAUUCAAUCACUUCUUGCUGCCUCGAAAUUCCUCCCUCUUCUUCAAGAACCGCUCGGGAGAGGGAGUAUACAGCUUUCACUAUUCUGCUCAAGAGGCGAUGACGCAACAGCCAACGGCAAGUGAAGGCGGCUGGGGCCGAGGUAUGAGUAUCGCUGGAGCGCCGAACGACGCGGUUGCUGUCUGAAACCCACAUUCACGACAAGCUCUCAGAGUCCCUCGAAUAGCUCAAACGACUCUUACGACCAUACACGGACACUCCGGACCCACUUUCACGAUUCUGUGCAAAUGUCCAU